GGAGCUGUGUGUGUGUGUGGAGAGCGUGGCGCGGGGCGCUGCUGGGAGGGGGGGUGGAGAAGCCGGUCACUAGGGCUAAGUAACGCCGUGGGCGGCGGCAAGGCCUUGCGAGGAGCUGAGCGCUCUGGAGGGGACCGUGUCUUCCGCACAGUCCAUAGUCAAAGGCUUUCAAGUAGCCAUGGAUAAGAGAGGGGCUAUAGCAGAAAUGGAAAAUGGUGACACUUUCCUUGACUUGAGCAGAAUAACAGUAAAAUCUCAUCGUUACACAAAAGAAGAACUCUUGGAUAUUAAAGAGCGUCCCCACUCUAAACAGAGGCCUUCAUGUCUUUCUGAAAAAUAUGACAGUGAUGGCGUUUGGGACCCUGAGAAAUGGCAUGCAUCUCUGUACCCAAGUUCAGGGCGAACCUCACCAGUGGAAGGGUUCAAAAGAGACUUGGAUUCAGACCGGACUUCUCUCAUGCGCAGGAUAGUUGAUCCUAGGGAGCGGGUGAAAGAAGAUGAUUUGGAUGUAGUCCUAAGUCCCCAAAGGCGGAGCUUUGGAGGAGGCUGCCAUGUGACUGCAGCUGUCAGCUCACGUCGAGCGGGGAGCCCUUUGGAAAAGGAGAAUGAUGGUGUUCGUGUUAUUGGUGGACGUAGGAUUGGAAGUGGGAGAAUCAUCUCUGCCCGCAACUUUGAUAAAGACCACCGGGGUGGUGAAAAGGACAUGCGUGAUUCUAGAGAUGCGAGGGACAGAGAUCGUGAGAGGGACUACAAAGACAAGCGUUUCAGGAGGGAAUUUGGGGAUAGUAAACGUGUCUUUGGGGAACGUAGAAGAAAUGAUUCCUACACUGAGGAAGAGCCAGAGUGGUUUUCUGCUGGACCCACAAGUCAGUCUGAAACCAUUGAGCUCACUGGCUUCGAUGAUAAAAUAUUAGAGGAAGAUCAUAAAGGACGAAAACGAACAAGACGACGCACAACCUCUCUGAAGGAAGGACUAGAAUGCAAUGGUGGAGUGGCAGAAGAGGAUGAAGUGCGGUCUGUCCUUGCCCAUGAAACUGCAGCAGAUCAAGAAGUUCCCAGGGAAUCUGUUCUACAAGAACCAGCUCCAGGAGAGUUUGACUUCAAUGAAUUCUUUAACCUGGAUAAGAGUGUUCCUGGUUUGGCUUCGGUGAGUGACGUUUUAGGUCAGAUGAUAGAGGAUGUGCUGGGGGAAGGUUCGAUGUCUUCUAGCAGGUUCAGUAGGUGGUUCUCUAAUCCUAGUCGUUCUGGAAGUCACUCUAGCAGCCUGAGAUCCACACCACAUGAAGAACUGGAGAGGCUAGCAGGUCUAGAGCAAGCCAUUCUCUCCCCUGGCCAGAACCCUGGAAACUACUUUGCUCCCAUUCCACUGGAAGACCAUUCUGAAAACAAAGUGGACAUCCUUGAGAUGCUACAGAAAGCCAAAGUGGACUUAAAACCUCUCCUCUCAAGUCUUUCAGCCAACAAGGAAAAGCUUAGAGAGAGCACACAUUCAGGAGUUGUACUUUCAGUGGAAGAAGUAGAAGCUGGGCUAAAAGGCCUGAAAAUGGACCAGGAGGGGAAAAUUGCUACUCCAUUCAUGGCACAGCAGAUGGAGGAAGCACUGAAUGUGGCUGGCUCCAGACAGCUCAAGAAAGACGGAGAUAUGUCUGCAUUUAAUAAACUAGUCAGCAGCAUGAAGGCAAGUGGGACUCUACCAUCACAGCCCAAGGUCAAUCAAAGCCUUGAAAGCCACUUGCUGUCUCCUCCUGAGAUCCCAGGCCAACCUCUCCCAAAGAACAUUUUGCAGGAGCUUCUUGGUCCACCCAUUGCCAGACCUGCUUCAUCCAAUGUUCUUAGUGGCUUGAUAGGUGGCUUGGAACCUGCAGCAUCUUUGCUGAGCCAAAGAGCACCUUCCCCUCCAAUUUCACAGGUGUUUCCAACUCGGGCUGCUUCUGCAGACUACCUCCGUCAUAGGAUCCCCUCACCAAUUGGUUUUGGACCAAGUUCUCAGCAAUUGCUCAGUGAUCCAUUUCAGGGGAUGCGGAAGUCAAUGAGCCCAGUUGCUGCACAGAUGAGUCCACUGGAGAUGCAGCAAGCUGCCUUAGAGGGACUAGCUCUACCACAUGAUUUAGCCAUGCAGGCAGCAAAUUUCUACCAACCAGGUUUUGGCAAACCACAAAUGGACAAAAGCAGAGAUGGCUUCAGGAACAGGCAACAGCGAGUGACUAAGUCUCCGGCACCAGGCCACAGAGGGAAUGCAUCUUCUCCAGCCCCUGCUGCAUCCAUCACUAGCAUGCUCUCUCCUUCCUUCACACCUACCUCAGUGAUUCGUAAGAUGUAUGAAAGCAAAGAAAAAAAUAAGGAGGAGCCAGUUUCUGGGAAAAUGAAAGCCAAUGAUAGUAAAGAUGAAGGUCAAAGGGCACACGAAGAUAACUUACUAUCAGCUAGCUUGGUGGAGAAUGCAGACCAAGAUACUUCACCUGCUAUAAGUUCCAAACUAGCUGCAUUGCAACGCUCUGCAUGUUCUACACCGCUUUCUCAGCCAAACCGUUGCACCAAAGAACAAGACUACAGGCCUAAAUCAACUGGCAGAAAGACUCCUACAACAGCCUCCCCUGUACCAGGGUCUCCCUUCCUUCGUCCUGUUCACCAGGUACCCCUUGUUCCCCAUGUACCAAUUGUACGACCUACUCAUCAACUGCAUCCAGGAUUGGUCCAGAGGAUGCUGGCACAGGGGAUGCAUCCACAACAUCUUCCUCUGCUGCAAGCAGGUAUGAUUCCUCCAGGGGUGGACUUGUCUCACAUACAGGGAAUAUCUACUCCCAUCCUGGGCCAGCCUUUUUAUCCAUUACCAACAGCUGGCCAUCACCUCUUAAACCCACGCUCUGGGACACCUCUGCAGCUGGCAAUGAUGCAACAGCAACUACAGCGAUCAGUUCUCCAUUCUCCAGCCUCUGGAGCACAGGGAUCUGCUGUUGGUGUGCAAACCACCCCUCAGAAUGUGCCAUCUCGGACUGGACUGCCUCAUGUACACUCACAGCUUGACCAUCGCACCAGCCAGAGGAGUGGUUCUCCUAUUGGCCUUGCAAAAUGGUUUGGUUCAGAUGUUUUGCAGCAGCCCCUCCCUUCCAUGCCAUCCAAAGUCAUCAGUGUAGAUGAACUGGAAUAUCGGCAGUGAGCAGUGACCUCUUCGAGGAUGGGUAGCUGUUUCUUUAGACUGGAAAAAGAGUCCUGAUAGUAUACAUUGUGCUUCACCGGUUUGUUUUGGGGCUUUUAUUUUUAGCACUCUGUGCAGAACUUCUUUUCAAGAGACUAAAGCACAUGGCACCUGUCCUGGUCUCCAUGUCUGGGUCAAGACUGAAGGAUCCAUAUGGCUUGAACCAUGAAGCCUGAAGACAUUGAUGCAAUACAAAGCCAGUUUAAUCCUGGAAAUGUCUAUUUUUUGUUUUUGUAAAAUAUGUGAAUGAAGUGCUGAUAUCCUCUGGUGUAGAGGGAGCAGCUAAGGGUUCCUCCUGCAGAAAAUUAAAUGUAUAGACCCUUGUGUACAAACUUGUGUAUAAACCAUCUUUUGUAUAUAUACCUAGGAUAGCUUUUUUGAACCUAUACAGCUGUACAUAAGAGUAGCUGAUAAGUUGAGCUUUAGUUGUGCCUAUGGUUUGGAUCGCUCCAUUGUACAUGUGGAACUUAUUUGUUUAAGAUUAAAGUUGCAAAUGCCAAGUGUGUGAGUGAACAAGAUAAAGCUGAUUUCUCUCUUCUCGCUGUUUCUCACGUCUCCCUCUCCGAGCACAUUUCUCCUUGUCUUAUGUAAUGUGCAGAUUCAGUGUAGUUAAAGUAAAAGCCCACAACUUGCUCCUUGUCCAACAAA